UUUGCUCAUUUCAUUGUAGGAUGUGAAAGGUGGGUCAAAUAUAGGGGGAAACAAGAUGACCUCCAGACUGCCACUCAUCAUCCUCGUGUCCUGCAGUGUGCUCAUCUUCAGCACAUAUGAGGUGGAGACAAAGAAAGGGAGCAAAGGAAUCGGCAAGAUUGUAGGGGCUGCUGUUGCUGGAGGAGCCCUUGCCAAAGGACAUCAUGGGCAUCGAGGAUCAGCAAGCAGGAGUACUGGAAUCAGUGCUGCUGGAAUCAUCCUGAUCAUCCUGAGUGUAUGUCUUGGAGGAUUCCUCCUCUACACCUUCCUCUACUAUUUAUUUGAGAUCCGACCAUUCAAGAAGCAGAAGCAAGGUUUCAACCAGGAUGAGAAUAGCAAUGUGAAGCAGCCCAAUGGAGACAUCAAGAGUCCUGAAGACAUCCCACUGAUGGCGAAUGAGGAGCAGGUGGUGGAUAUAUCAGGAGAGGAGUCAGUGGCUUCACAUGGUUCAACCAGCUACAGUGACACCUCCUCCAACAAGUCUCUCCAUCUGAAUUGUGAAGAGAGCCAGCCAAGCAGCCUUUACCCUAACAUAAAGAAUGGGUAUUUUUCAUCACUUGACAUGCCUGAUACCCCCAACAUGGAAACCCAACCCCUGAGCAUGUCAGCAGACAUGGGGAUGGAAAAAGAGAAAACAGAUGAAAAAAUAAUAUUAGAUUGGCUAGAAGUGCCAUCACAAGGAGAACCCCAAGAUAUGAAGGAAGAGGAAGGUCAGGAGAGUGUAAAAUUUCAAUCAGAGCCCCAGAAUAGUUCCAUGAGGGACCAAGAUGAGGAGUUCUUGAUAUCCACUCUCACAGCUUCUCUACUGAGCCCCCUUGAAGAGUUGACUGACAAGUCCCAUGAUAGCAUAUAUAUUAAGCAGCAAGAAAUGGAGAAUGAAGGGAAGGAUUUGGAUCUGGAUUUAAAAGCUGAUUCCCUACCUACUGGGGAACAGCAGUUGGGCUGGAAUGCCCCAUCAGAGUCAAAUUUUCAGGCAGAAGAGCUUGCAAAAGAUGAACUCACUGAAGAAAAGGUUCAAGAGGGGGAUUCCCUGAUGUCCACUCCAACAUUUAUGGCAACUUCUCCACAGAGUCCCCUUGAAGAGUUGGCAGACAAGUCCCAUGAUAGCACAUUUAUUAAGCAGCAAGAAAUGGAGAAUUUGGGGAAGGAUUUUGAUCUGGAUUUAAAAGCUGAUUCCCUACCUACUGGGGAACAGCAGUUGGCCUGGAAUGCCCCAUCAAAGUCAAAUUUUCAGGCAGAAGAGCUUGCAAUAGAUAACCUCACUGAAGGAAAGAUUCAAGAAGAUACCUCACAUGAUGAGAAGCCCUUGGAAGAGGGAAGCAAUGAAGUUCUUGACAAUAACCCUUCAGAAAACCAUAUAUUGGAGGGAGGAGCUGAAGGUUCUUCUGUGAGACUUGAUGUAGAGGAAGGAACAAAGGAGGUAGUUGCCCCAUCAAUACCAGCAGAUUGCACAGAAGCCAUUGUGGGUUCAGGACUCCAUCAUGAGCCAGGCCAGAUAGGAGAAGACCUGGAGGUAGGACAGGUGCAAGAAACCCAGGCCACUAGUGGAGAGGAGCAGUUGCCGUGGACGGGUGAGGGUGAAGGCCCCGGUUAUGACCCCGACAACAGUCCCCAUGACAAGUCUUCAGAUUCGUCCGAUGACUAUGAGGAAUUCCACCGCUCAGACACGCUGAAAUUGGAAAAGAAGAAUGGCAAAUCCUGA